CACAUUUGAAUGCCGGGCUUACUGGUCCGCUGUCAUUACCUACAGUGGUCACAGACGUGCUGUGAUAUCUAGGCAAGCGCUUCAGUGCGUGGCUUGUUCCAUUUAGCCCCUACGAUUACAACCAUCCAGAGAUACCCCCGAAUACUUGUGUGGUUGUAUAUAGAUGGCUCAGACUACGAUGCGGCCCUAUCAAGUUGUGGUUUGGGGUGCAUCAGGCUUUACUGGUCGCCUCGUAUGUGAGCACAUUGCACGAGACUAUCAGGGGAAAAUACGCUGGGCCAUGGCAGGCCGUGAUCAGAAGAAGCUCGAGCAAGUUCGCUCAGAGCUGUCAACCAUCAAUCCCGCAGUCAAGGACGUCCCCAUCCUCACCGCCGACGCCCGUGACGCCCCCGCAGUGGGCUCCGUCGUUCGGCAGGCCGAGGUGGUGCUGGCCACCGCAGGGCCCUUUGCGCGCUAUGGUGACAAUGUGGUGGAGCAGGCGGUGGAGGCGGGCACCCACUACGCUGACAUCACAGGCGAGCUGCCCUGGGUGAAGCGCUCGCAGGCCCGCCACCACUCCUCCGCCGCUGCUCGGGGUGUCAAGGUGCUGCACUGCUGCGGCUACGACUCGGUGCCCUCCGACCUGGGGGCCUGGAUGCUGGUGGAGCACUGCAGGGAGCAGCUGGGAUGCGGCGUGUCCCAGGUGUUCACGCUGGUGUCCGCGGCCAAGGGCGGCAUGUCGGGCGGCACCCUGGAGUCCGCAUGUAACCUGGUGGACAGCGAGGGACUGGGCGAGCUGCGCGACAUGGGCGGCAACCAGUACUACCUGGCGGGGGCGCAUGGUCUCAAGGGCUCUGACCGACCCGCGGGUCUGCUGCCGCGCUACGUGGCCCCCGCGCGCACCUGGGCGGGUCCCUUCAUCAUGGAGGGGGUGAACGCCAAGAUCGUGCAGCACAGCAACGCGCUGUUCACCGCGGGGUCCGGCACGGCAGCAACGGGGGCAAAGGUGCCGUACCCGUACGGCAAGGAUUUCAAGUACACGGAGGUUGUAGCGGCUAGCGGGUUGCUGGGGGCGGGCCUCAUCUCGGCGGGUACAGCGCUGCUGGGGGCGGUGGUGGCGAUCAAACCCAUCCGGGCCAUUGCCAGGAGGUUCCUUCCCUCCCCCGGCCAGGGCCCCAGCGAGGCGGCCCGGCGGGGCGGCUUCUGGCGGCAUCAGCUGGUGGCGCUGACGGAGGAGCAGCCGCCGCGGGUGGUGCGGGGAGUGUGCGGGGACUCCCGCGACCCCGGCUACUGGUCCACCAGCCGCAUGCUGCUGGAGACGGGCCUGGCGCUGGUGCUGGAGGCGCCACGACUGGCAGCGGACCCGAGACUGGCCCAGGGCGGGGUGCUCACCCCCGCUGCCGCCUGCGGCCCCGUGCUGCUGGAGCGACUGAGGGCGGCGGGCUUCGAGUUCAGGGUAGAGGGGGUGGAGGGGGAGAAGAAGGCGCAGUGAGGGGGGAGGUAGGAACAAGGGGUUGCUAAAACCCCUUGAGAGCGGCGACCCGUGACGGAGGGGUGCAGUGAGAGGAUAGUGCUGCUGAGGAGGUGCUGAAGAAGAGGAAGCCCACAUUGCGUAUAUGGGGGGUUACGUGGGAUGGUGUGGGUGUUGGGUGCAGGAUGAUGAUAAUGUGCAGGAUGUAUUCCGCCUGGCUGCAGGGGGGGGGGCUGUGUGCUGUAGGCGAGAGUGCUUGAGUGCAUUGGUCGCGGUGGGGGGAGUGAAUUGGUUGGGCUGCUGCUGGGCUGCUGCUGCUGCUGGGCUGCUGCUGCUGCUGGGCUGCUGCUGCUGCUGGGCUGCUGCCGCUGCUGGGCUGCUGUUCGGAACCUGCUGUGUGAUGUGAUGCUGCAGGGAUGGCUGUGGCUGUGUAAGCUUAGUGUGUGUUUGAGGCGGUUAGUGUGUGUGAACGUGGUUACUCCUAUUGCUCAGUUCUCCCCUCCUGGUGAGCUGCGUUGCUCACUGUUUGUGCUUGUUGCAUGUUCGUAUGUGUUUUGGAGGAUUCCGCCUGCUGCACGCAUUGUUGACACCCUCGACCUCCUGUAUUGCUCGACAUUGCUCAACAUUCAUGGUCGCAUCCGGUAUUUUGACUUUUGCCAGUUUCGUUGUCCAUUUGUGUCCGUUGGGCGGGUUGUGUGGGUAUGGAGACAUCGAACUGCUGGUUGUCAGAGCCACACUACUUUAGCUUGGAGGCCGGUGCCGGUGUGGGGCCUGUGAAGCGAAAUGUGCGUGUGUGGGUCCCCGAGGGUAGUGCUGCUGCUAGCGUGAUUUGCACUUCCUACCACCCCACAUACCGGCUGCUGCCGAUGGCAGGAGAACGCUUGUAUCAGUAGCCUGCACCUUUAUGAUUGUAAAGGUGCACGGCAGACAGGGAUGGAGCGCACAGCACAGGUCUGUAG